AUGGGGGGCUAUACCCGCACUGUUGGUGUUUUUAUUGCAUACGGGGUCCAUGCACUCUUUCCUGAUUGGCUUCAGACUCAGAAUGAUUCACGGAUUCUAGACAUUUCAAAUGUUGGGAAUUCGGAUCCCAUACCUGAAUGGUUUUGGGGAAGAUUGCAAUCUCUGAACACCUUGAAUAUUUCAUUCAACAAUAUCACCGGCACUAUUCCAAAUUUGCCAUUCAAGUUCAAUUACAAUCCAGAACUAUAUUUGUCUGCUUCAAACCAAUUUGAAGGUCCCAUUCCAUCGUUUUUAUCACAAGCAUCAGCACUGCAUCUCUCUAAAAUUAAAUUUUCAGAUUUAGAUUCAUUUCUAUGUAGCAAAAGAACAGCUCAAGUUUUGGGAAUAUUGGAUGUAUUAGACAAUCAAUUGCAGGGUAAAUUUCCUGGUUGUUGGAAUAAUCUAAACCCAUUAGAGUAUCUUGACAUGAGCAACAAAUUAUCAGGAAAUAUUCCAUCUUCAAUGGGUUCCCUCGUUAAUAUGGAGGCUUUGGAACUACUUGGCACCCGUGUCUGUGAGGCUGCUUUAAAUUUGAUUAUGUUGUAUCAUGUUAACUACAAUUAUGGCGUCUCAUGCGUAGAUGUGUGGUUAUUCAUCGUCGCCGUUAAGGGUGUUACCACGCCUUCUACCACUAUCGUCGCCUCAACCCCGUCGUCCAUGACCUCAACUGCCAUUGGUUUGUUUAGCUUUCAAGAGUAUUAUAAACUGAUCCUCUAUUUUCUUGGUGGAAUUAUAAUGAGGGGCUAUAUUCUGAUAUUCCAUGCAUCGUUGGUGUUCUCCAUCCUUGGGUUCAACAUAGCAACCAAGGAUGGAGAAACAAAGUGCAUAGAGAGGGAGAGAAAUGCACUCCUCAUGUUUAAACAAGGCCUCCAAGAUUACGGUGGCAUGCUGUCAACAUGGAAGGAUGAUCCAAAUGCAGAUUGUUGCAAAUGGAAGGGAGUUCAAUGCAUCAAUGAAACAGGCUAUGUUCAAAGGCUUGAUCUGCAGGGUUCGGAAACAAACCAUCUGAGUGGUGAAAUCAAUCCUUCAAUAACUGUGCUGCAACAUCUCACAUAUCUGGACCUCAGUUAUUUAAACACUAGUAGUCACAUCCCAAAACUCUUUGGCUCCUUCAGCAAAUUGAGAUACCUUAAUCUCUCAUACAGUGGUUAUGUUGGGGAGAUUCCUUAUCAACUUGGAAAUCUCUCCCAAUUGCGGUGUCUUGAUAUUAGCUACAACGAUCUUGUUGGAGCAAUCCCUUAUCAACUUGGAAAUCUUUCAAUGUUGCAGUCUCUUGGACUUGGUAACAAUUCUAAUCUUAGAAUUAACAACCAAGAUCAUGCAUAUAAUGAGUGGCUUUCAAAUCUCCCUUCCUUGACAAGUCUUGACUUGAGUGAAAUUCAGAAUCUCAACGAUUCUUCUCAUCACUCGCUGCAAUUCCUUGGUAAGCUUCCGAGCCUUAAAGAAUUACGGCUAAGUGAUUGUGGCCUUUCUGAUGCUGAUAUUCUUCCUCUGUCUAAUUCCCAUUUGAAUAUUUCCACUUCUCUUACUAUCCUUGAUCUCUCUUACAAUUAUUUGACAUCACCAACUGUAUUCCACUGGGUGCUUAACUUCAGCUCCAAUCUUCAAGAGCUCCGCCUUACCAGAAACCUCAUAAGAGGUACCAUUCCCGAUGAUUUUGGCAACAGAAUGCAUUCACUUGAAUAUCUAUAUCUCUCAUACAACAAUCUAGAAGGCAAUAUCCCAAAAUCCAUGGGGAAUAUGUGCACCUUGCAAGCAUUCUGGGCUGAUGACAAUCGGUUGAGUGGGGAGCUUUCAAGUUUUAUUCAUAACUCCUCAGAAUGCAUUGGAUCCUCGUUACAGGAAUUGUAUUUACCAAGAAAUCAAAUUUCUGGCACGUUACCUAACCUUUCAAUUUUCUCAUCUUUGCAAUGGUUAUGGCUUAGUGACAAUCAGUUAAUUGGGGAAAUACCAGCAAGCAUUGGAUUGCUUACGGAGUUAGAGUAUUUGUACCUGGAUGGAAAUUCUUUGGAAGGUAUCGUCUCUGAAUCCCAUUUCAAUAACCUUUCCAAAUUGAAAGGCCUAGGCUUGUCUGAUAACUUGACUAUGAAGGUUAGUAGUGGCUGGCUUCCACCUUUCCAAUUACAAUAUUUGUAUCUACAAUCUUGCAAACUGGAUUCUACAAUUCCUAAUUGGCUCCAGACUCAAAAUCAUUUACAGACACUCGACAUCUCAAAUUCAAAUGUCGGGAAUGGGGAUCCCUUACCUAUCUGGUUUUGGGACAAAUUGCAAGCAUUAGUUUACCUGGAUCUUGCAAACAACAAUCUCACGGGCAAGAUUCCGAAUGUGAUACUCAACCUUACCUACAAUCCUGAAAUAGAUUUGUCUUCAAAUCAAUUUCAAGGUUCCAUUCCCAUGUUUUUGUUGCAAGCAUCAGCACUGCAUCUCUCUAAUAAUAGAUUCUCAGCUUUAGCAUCAUUUGUAUGCCGCAAAAGCACAGCUAACUUUUUGGAAAUUUUGGAUGUAUCAAACAACGAAUUAACGGGUAGGCUGCCUGAUUGUUGGAGCAAUCUAAACUCGUUACGGUUUCUGGACCUGAGCAAUAACAAAUUAUCAGGAAAUAUUCCCUUCUCAAUGGGUGCCCUUACUAAUAUGGAGGCUUUGAUUUUAAGAAAUAAUAGUUUGAGUGGACAAUUACCUUCCUCUUUGAAGAAUUGCUCCAAAUUGGUCUUGUUGGACAUUGCAGAGAAUAAGUUCUAUGAUCCAAUACCUUUGUGGAUAGGAGAAAGGUUACAACAAUUGAUAAUCUUAAGCUUUAGAUCCAACUACCUCUACGGAAGUCUACCCUCAAAUCUCUGUUUUCUAAGAAAACUUCAAGUAUUGGAUCUCUCACGAAAUAACUUAUCAAGAGGAAUCCCAACAUGCAUAAUGAAUUUUACUGCAAUGGCUCAGGACACUACCAGCUCAACCGAUCGUUGGUAUAUUCUUUACAAAGUCGGAGAUGUUUCUUAUUUAACAUUCUGGGAUUUGUACCUAUUCUUGAUGUGGAAAGGUGUAGAUCGUGGCUUCAAAAAUGCUGAUCGGUUUUUAAAAAGCAUUGAUCUCUCGAGCAAUCAUCUCACGGGAGAAAUACCAACAGAAAUUGAGCACUUAUUUGGGUUGAUUUCAUUAAAUUUAUCAAGAAACAAUCUCAGCGGGGAAAUCAUUUCAAGUAUUGGAAACUUCAAGUCCCUAGAAUUUCUUGAUUUGUCGAGAAAUCAUCUUUCAGGAACAAUUCCCUCAAGUCUAGCUCAGAUUGAUCGUCUCACAAUGUUGGAUUUCUCAAACAAUCAUCUGUGUGGAAAGAUUCCUGUCGGAACACAACUACAGAGCUUUAAUGCCUCAAGUUAUGAAGGAAAUUCCGAUCUGUGUGGACAACCACUUGACAGAAAAUGUCCUGAUGAAGAAACAAAAGAAGAGAAACCACCAGCACUUGAGAGGGAUGAUAAUUCAGUUUUCAUGGAAGCAUUGUACAUGAGCAUGGGGAUGGGAUUCUUCACAGGUUUCUGUGGCUUCAUAGGGUCAAUACUGCUAAUACAAUCCUGGAGAAACACCUACUCCAUAUUCUUGAACACUUUGAUUGGCAGAAUCUACACGUGCAACGCACACUGA